CACACAAGAUUAAUACAGACAGCUGCGUGCAAUGUUUUAUGAAAGAGGAAAACUAAUUGUCACUAAAUAUGAUUUGCGUGUUAGGAACACGUACGUUGCUAGAAAUAAGAGCUAAAACGCUCUGAUGCUGUAAAAUACAUAACUGCAUACCUAUGUACUGACAAGGAAUACACACACACACACACACGUGUUCCUUUUUCUUCUUUUCAUUCUUUUUACUUGUUUCAGCCACUUGACUGCGGCAAUGCUGGAGCACCGCCUUUAGUCGUACAAAUCGACACAAGGACUUAUUCUUUGUAAGCCUAGUACUUAUUCUAUCGGUCUUUUUUGCCGAACCUUUAAGUUACUGGAACGUAAACACACCAACAUCGGUUGUCAAGCGACGGUGUACAUAUAUACAUACAUAUAUAAAUACAUAUGUGGGUACAUACAUAUUAUAUAUAUAUAAAUACAUAUGUAUUGCCUUUAGUUGAACAAAUCGAUCCAGGGACUUUUUCUUUGUAAGCCUAAUACUUAUUCUAUCCGUCUCUUUUGCCGAACCGUUAAGUUACGGGAACGCAAACACACCAACAUUGGUUGUCAAGCGAUACUGUAUAUAUAUAUACAUAAAUAUAUAAAUACACAUGUACGUACAUACACAUUAUAUAUAUAUGAAUACAUAUGUAUAAGCAUACAUGCACUCCCAUCCAUCCGUCCAUCCAUCAAUCUAUCUAUCCAGCCAGCCAGCCAUGUACUACGCUGUUUGUAUCAUCGUAUUUACACACCAAACACACUACAAACAACAAAUAGUUAAGUUCAGACAGAAGUAAAAGCAACAAAACAAAACAACAACAGGAACAACAACACAAAGCAAAGCCAACCAACCAGCCAACAAAACAAAACAAACCUAACAGCAACCACAACAAGAAGAAUAAAAGUAGGGGAGAAGUUACUUCAUGUGUGAGAGAGACUGCAACAGGAGCAUUUAUUGACAAGCUGGCCUUGCAUUUUACAAACAGCGACCGCCGCGCUUUCUCUUUCUCUCUCUCUAACAAAUAUUAGUUGUGCCUUGGAGAAAAAGAAAAUACAUAGAGUCAAAUAAAAGAAAAGGAAGAAAACCCAGUAUAAAAUAUAAAUAUACAAGUAAAACAAAAAAAAGCAAGCAGUUGUAAAAUUUGGAACCUUUGGGAGUUUACACGGAGGAAGUGUGUUUCUAUCGUAUUUUCUUCUCUUACGUUUUACGUUCUGUAAGGAUGACUGGGAAAAACUUUCUGUCAGCUUACGUGAUCUUUACCCUAACAAUGGCAGUCUGGAGUUACCGAGAUUAUGAUCCCGAUUCGGUGCCAGUAGUUUUCAAACCUCCACCACUAUCAUCGGAUUUUAUAUCACCAAGCUGUUGGAAUUUCACUCAUGGUAAUCGAAACACGAUGGAGUUUUACAGUCCCAACUAUCCUGGUAACUACUCUGGUGGUGCCGACUGCAUCCAAUACUUAGAAGCGCCAAAAGGCUACAAGAUUCAUUUGGAUUUCAAAAACAACUUUAUUCUCGAAGAAUCUGCAGACUGCAACUACGAUUAUCUAGAAAUCCGAGACGGUCCGUUCGGAUACUCCCCUCUGCUAAAACGUCAUUGUGGUCGAGAUUUCCCACCGUUUUAUUUAUCUUCUUCUCGCUACCUCUGGCUUCGCUUCAAAACGGAUGAUAAUGUACACAAGAAAGGAUUCCAUGCUACAUAUUCAUAUCAGAAAGACGAAAGCAGCAAGUUCAGCAAAGACCCACGGAAAGCCGUCUGCCGUAUUUUUAUUAAUGCCAAAACUAGAGAUGGGAUCAUUUCCGAAGAAGAUAUUCCUACAUCAGUUAUGAGCAUCAUUAAAAGGUCGAGAACCAAAGUGCCGAUUGAUUGCACAUGGGAGAUACGCGUUCCUCCCGACAGUCAUGUGCAGCUAUCUCCAGUAUCAAUCGAAUUAACAAGAUCCGGAGAGUGUGAUCUCAACUACAUGAGUUUUUAUAUGCCUACGACCAUUCUAGAAGCAUUGUCUGCGAAAUAUUGUGACGGUAGAAAAGUGGUGCCAAUAUCUUCGGAUAGAAACCGUAUUUUCCUGAGAAUUUUUAGUAAGACUAUAUAUUUGAUGCCGAAAUUCAAAUUUUUAUACACUGUUUUUAGAAAUGGUUUGAAUAUUCCACACUAUGCAAUAAUUCUUGGUGCUAUCGGUCUGGUGCUUCUCUUGAUAAUUUUCAUAUCGGUAUGUUAUACUUUGAAACGCAAGAAGAGAGAACAGAAAAAGGAGAUGGAACUGUUAAAGAAACACGCUAAACAACUGGAAGCUACGGCAGCGGCGGCAAUUGCUAAUUCGGCAGCAACGUCGAGUCCAGCAAGAAGUACAAUGUCACAUUCGCCAGGACUUCGAAUUAAUAAUGCUUCUCCGAAUUCCUACGUAAGUCUUCCACGAAGAAACGAGGAGCACGAAUUCUGUAAUGACCCAGCAAACAGAAGCAGUUUCACAAGUACCUUACCCCCACCAUUCAUUGAUAACGAACACCUCACAACCGAGAAACUUAUGGAAACAGCUUAUUUUAAAAAAUAUUUCCCUUCUGAUAGUUGUCAUGAUGAGGAUAUCAGUCCUUGUUCAACACUAACUAGUGGACAACCAGCCACAGUUUUUAUUGAAAAACACCAACCGCCCCCUUCUAGCCCUAAUCGAGAUGUCUCCAGUUAUUGGAAACCUCAGCCCACGACGAAACUGGAACAGACUGUCCCUCCAUUUUACAGUAGUGUUAGCAAAACUAUUCCAUAUAAAGCCUCCCUGUCCCCUAAUACAGUCUUAAAGGACCCAUUGAGUGCUAAACCCUUACCAAUAUUUAAUUCCUCAGACAUAGAAUUUGACAACGAAAUUGGUCCCAUGUAAAACGAGACCAGAGCAAUUACAAUAAUUAUGAUAAUAGUGGUGUUUAGAGGAAUUUAGAGGAUUACCAUUUUCUGGGAAUGUCAUAAAUAAAAGAUAGACAAAAAAAAACACACCAAAACAAUAACAUCAAAACUAUCCAACACGUAUAAAAGAUUUGUUCUUUGCUGCAGAAAACGAAAUAUUACAAGGAAUUUGUUCUUGUGGUAUUCUUACUUUGAUAUUCCAUGUCAGAUAUGGUGCCCUUAAAUGAAGAAACUUUCGAUUCCCUUUGAGACUCGGUUGUUUUUUCAAGUUUAUCUCACUUUUGCAAGUUGAGCCAAAUAGUCUUUAUUUUAUUGCGUUGUCAGAUAAAUUCGUUCACUUACCGCCCCCCUCCCCGCCCCAUCACCAUCACAGCCACUUGGCACUCCAUCGCCAUAUUCAAAUUUCAAAAAACGGUAAACAAAACUUGCAGAGGAAGAACAGAGCUAAACUACCCACCACCACCACCACCACCACCAUAAAACACUACGGUCAAAAAAUAUAUUUCGUGUUGAUUCAAAUAACAUUGGAACGGCGGAUUAAAACAAAUUUUAAAAAAAAAACAACGAAUUUAUGUGAAAACUCCAAUAUUAAACUGUCAAAAAUUUCGAAAAUCUUCUUUCUUACUUUCUCUCAAUCUUCAUUUUUAAGGAAUUUCAAAUCUACUUAGUUA